AUGUCCGUUUAUGGAGUUGCUGACUCCCUUAAGUGCAAGCUUCUGGCGGGAACUUUUGCUGAUGCAGCUUUGCGCUGGUACAUGAGCCUUCCGCGUUUCUCCAUUAUAAGUUACCUGGACAUGACAAAGAAGUUCACUCAACAGUUCUCCGAGACCCGCCACCGGAAGGUAUUAUCAACUAGCUUGUUCAACGUCCGUCAGGGUCCAAGCGAAUCAUUGAGGGAAUACCUCGCCCGCUUCAAUGAUUCGACAAUCAAAGUCUCCAACCCCAACCAAGAAGUUUUUGUAGGCGCCUUUCAGAAUGGUUUACGUGCGGGACAAUUUAAUGAGUCACUCGCCCAAAAACCCGCUGACUCGAUGGAAGAGAUAAUAGCUCGUGCUGAGUGUUAUGUGAAGGGGGAAGAAAGCAACGCUGAAAAGAGGGCUAGAGAUGUGAAAGAAAGAGGAAAUUCUGGUGGGGAGCGUAGAAACCACCACGUUCCUCCUAGCAGAGACAGAGGAACGUUCAAGAAACUGUAUGAAAGAAACCAACAGCGCUACGUUCCCGAAUACUUUACCCCUUUGAACGCUCGCCCAGAGAAAAUUCUCAAGGAAGUUUACGAGUCCAAAAUAAUCCCGCCACCUCCUCUCAGUCGCGCCCGAAUAAUGGAUCAUGAUAAAGACGCCUGGUGCAAAUACCACUUGAUACAAGGUCAUAACACAGAUGAUUGUAUUCAUCUGAAAAGAGAAAUCGAGAAACUCUUGCUUAACAGGAAGCUGCGUGGUUAUGCUAAGGAGAAACACCGCAACGAGAGACAGGAAGAUAAGCCUAACCCUGAACCAAAGCACACUUUACACACAAUUUCUGGAGGUUUCGCUGGAGGAGGGGAGUCAAAUAAUUCAAGGAAGAAGUACGCCCGCCAGGUGAUGCUUCUAGGAGACAGUCCUUCAUCGCCUAGAGAAUUCCAAGACAUCACCUUCUCAUCCGAAGAUUUCGGACGAGUGCUUCCCCACGAUGAUGACCCGCUGGUGAUUUCUGUUCAGUUGCUCAACUGGGAGAUUAAAAGGGUGCUUGUGGACACCGGAAGCUCGGCUGAUGUAUUAUAUUUCGAUGCUUUUUCCAUGAUGGGCUUAAGCGAAGAGCAGCUCCAGCCGUUCAACGGGACCCUCUCAGGGUUUACAGGCGAAAGAGUACACGUACGUGGUUAUGUCACUUUAAAAACCGUUUUCGGCACUAGAGACCAACAAAAAUCGAUUAAAGUGAGAUACUUGGUAAUACACUCGCCCAGUUCUUAUAAUGUGAUCAUUGGUCGUCCUUCUAUCAACCUUCUAGACGCCUUCGUAUCCACAAAACAUCUGUUAAUGAAGUAUCCACUCGACAACGGGCGCGUUGGAACGGUGCAUGGUGACCAGAAGGUCGCACGUGAAUGUUAUCACGCCAACCUCAAACUCAAGAAGCACGAGAAGUUUGAAGUCCAGGUUAUCGACCUCGAUCCUCGUGAAGAUUUUCCCCAAGAAAGGAUAGAGCCUAUCGAAGCAGUGAAAGACAUCGUUAUUGGGCUUUUGCCACAUCAAAUCACAAAGAUUGGAACGUCCCUUACUGAGUCAGAGGAAGAGAUUCUGGUUCAGCUUUUGAAAGAGAAUGUUGAUUUGUUCGCCUGGGCGCCUUCUGACAUGCCCGGAAUUGAUAUAAAGGUAGCUUGCCAUCAUCUGGCGGUCAGAACAUCUGUCAAACCAGUAGUUCAAAGGAAACGCAAGAUGGGAGAAGAAAAAAGAAAAGCAGUAGACGAAGAGGUUAAAAAGUUACAGGAGGCUCACUUCAUUUGUGAAAUAAAAUAUCCCACUUGGCUCGCCAACACCGUCCUCAUAAAGAAAGCAUCAGGAAAGUGGAGAAUGUGUGUUGAUUAUACGGACCUUAAUAUGGCUUGUCCAAAGGAUCCGUAUCCUCUUCCAAGCAUUGAUCAUCUAAUAGAUAACGCGUUAGGCUAUAAAACCCUGAGUUUCAUGGACGCAUACUCUGGUUACAAUCAGAUUAAAAUGGACCCGUUAGAUGCCCCCAAAACCGCCUUCAUGACUAAUCAGAGAAACUAUCACUACCGAGUUAUGUCUUUUGGUUUACGUAAUGCCGGGGCCACAUUUCAGCGAUCUAUGGAUACAAUAUUUAGCAAACAGAUCGGAAGAAACCUUGAAGUAUAUAUCGACGACUUAGUGGUAAAAACUUCUGAAGAGCGGACCCACUCAGACGAUUUGCAUGAAAUCUUCCAGCAGAUUAGGAAGUUCAAUAUGCGCCUCAAUCCCGCAAAGUGCACGUUCGGGGUUCAGGCAGGGAAAUUUCUGGGUUUUCUCUUGACAAAAAAGGGGAUCGAAGCUAAUCCGGACAAGUGUCAGGCGAUCAUUAACAUGAGAAACCCAUGCACUAUUAGAGAAGUCCAGCAGUUAACAGGCAGGUUGGCGGCGUUAUCAAGAUUUCUAUCUUGCUCCGGAGAUAAAGCAUUCGCCUUUUUUGCUACGAUAAAAAAGAAGGAAGAGUUUGAAUGGACCCAGGAGUGUGAUGAAGCUUUCCACAAAAUCAAGCGUUUCCUGACUACGCCGCCAGUUUUACAUUGCCCAUCAAAGGGGGCGUUUUUGUUCUUAUACCUCUCAGUCUCUGAUAAUGCUUUAAGUUCAGUACUGGUGGAAGAAUCUGACGAACGUGAAAGGCCGAUAUACUUUGUGAGCAGAGUCCUUAAGGGAGCUGAACUACGUUACCAGAAAAUUGAAAAGUUAGCUUUGGCUGUUAUAAUAACCGCCAGGAAGUUACGCCAUUAUUUUCAAAGCCAUAAAGUCGUCAUCAGAACAAAUUACCCCGUGAAACAAAUUCUUGGUAAACUGGAUUUGGCAGGAAGAAUGCUAUCUUGGUCCGUCGAGUUGUUAGAAUACGACAUUCAGUUCGCCCCUCGAAAUAACAUCAAGUCUCAGGUUCUGGCAGAUUUCGUGGUAGAAUUUACCUCGCCAGUCAAAGAAUCCCCCCCUCAUGUGUGGUUAUUAUCAGUAGAUGGCUCGUCCAAUAUAAAAGGAAGCGGGGCUGGCGUUGUCUUGGAAGGUCCAGGCGACUUACUCAUUAAACAGUCUUUAAAAUUCGAUUUCAAAGCUAGCAACAAUCAAGCAGAAUAUGAAGCUCUGAUCGCUGGAAUGUUGUUAGCCCAAGAGAUGGGAGCAAGGAAUCUCAGAGCUCGAAGUGAUUCUCAACUCAUGACCAAUCAAAUUUCUGGGGAGUACCAGACCAAAGAUCAGCAGCUUUCCAAGUACUUAGCUAGGGUGCAGAAGUUAGCUCACGAUUUUCAGUUCUUUGAAGCCAUAUAUGUCCCAAGGGAAUCAAAUUCACGAGCUGACUUGUUGGCUAAACUAGCUAGCACCAAAAAGCCUGGAAAUAAUCGAACGGUGAUCCAAGAGGUGAUAUCUGCUCCUAGCACCGAAGAGAAAGCAAUUUUCAAGAUAAGUCAAGAAUCUGAAGGAUGGAUGACUCCACUGUUAAAGUUCUUGACGGGUUCUUUCGUCGCCAAAAACGAAGAGGAAGCUCAAUUAGUCAGAAGGCGGGCGACUAAAUUUGUGAUUAUCGCCGGCAAGCUCUAUAAGCGAGGUAGAGCUUCACCAUUGCUUAGAUGUUUGGGCGAGGACGAAACGGAGUUGGUCCUCUUAGAGGUACAUGAAGGAGUUUGUGGGAGUCAUAUUGGCGGGCGAUCUCUGGCUGCAAAGCUAUUACGGGCUGGGUAUUACUGGCCUAAAAUGGCUCAUGAUUGUUGUGAAUUUGUGAAGAAGUGUGAUAAGUGCCAACGUUUUUCCGAUAGAAAGAAUGCUCCUGAGAACGAGCUCACGUCCGUGUUUUCUCCGUGGCCUUUCCACAAGUGGGGGGUUGAUAUCGUGGGACCUUUUCCUCAGGCCCCUGGGCAGUUGAAAUUCCUCAUCGUGGGCGUCGACUACUUUACAAAAUGGGUCGAAGCAGAGGCAGUCUCCAAGAUCACAGCGGAACGAGUGGUGAAGUUUUACUGGAAGAAGAUUAUCUGCCGUUUUGGUCUCCCAAAGUAUAUUGUGACAGAUAACGGGACACAGUUUGCUAGUUCUAAAGUCAUAAAUUUUUGCAAGCAGCUGGGAAUAGAAACGAAAUUUGUCUUCGUCAUCCACCCUUAA